CAUCGGCAGAAGGCCUGUAAUUCAGCCCGUUGCAUCACCCCAUAAACAUGGGCGUAUCUUGUUGAAUCGAACCCCUAGAUCAAGUUGGGUUUUGCUACUUUUCGUACAUACAGAAUACAACAUACGAAAAUACGCAAAUACGCAGAUUCGCAGAUUUCAAUUCUAAUUUGAGCGAAUAGCCAACUCAACUAAUGAGAAGAAUCCAAAAUCCUUUAGACUCAGACUUCAAUUCCCUAUUCCACCCUAUUUUCUUACUUGUCUUACUUUAAGCGAAUCGAGCCAUAGCCUAAAAAUACCAUCCAUAUGACAACUGCCUUCGAUUGUGCCGCACCUACUAAGUAGAUGACAUAGUCUGCUUUUUCUACCUAGUACUUUACUUGACACUGAAGUAUACGAUCGCUUCGAACCAAACAAAACAACAAAACCACAAAGCGCAUUACCCAUUACCCGCCAAUCCACGACCUACAAACGCAGAUACGGACACAGACACAGACACAGACACAGACACAGACACAGACAGAUAGACAGACAAACAAGCAAACAAUAAUCUAUAUUUCCGGACUACGCAACGUCCCAACCCAUUCAAGACAACAGAGAUGAGAAAUGCCCAGUCGAUUGCAAAAACCUCGACCACUCCCUACGCCCAGUCGCGAGUCUUCGAUUCCCCUACAACAAGACAUUGAAACCCAGCCUACCUACCUAUAUACUACAUCGUCAGAUGCUAGCCCUAGAACAAAGCCGGCGUAUGCUUCCUACGGCCCAACAAAUACGAUGAAUACCUACAGCACAACCCCCGAUUCCAAAUUCAACCCCUAUACUAGUCCUAGCUUCUCUCCCAACGGCAACAAGAUUACCUCGACUAUUCGAACCGUUCCUAGCUUCGAGGCGCCCUCGGAUGCUUCCUCAUUAGACUCUCCAUCCGCACGAAACAGCGGUUUCUCUAGUUCCGUUAAUAGCAAUGUUAGUGGUACAUCGUACCAUUCUCAACAACCAACGCACAGUACUUCUACCGUCAGGUUAAAACCGCAAUCGCCUGGCCUGUCGCCGCCAUUGCCGAUAUCACAAAACGGAAAUUCAUAUAUGUCUACAAGUGAUGCAGCCUCUGGUGAGUCAGAGAUGACAGAUGAGCCAGCGCUAUCUCUACAGGUCCCUGAGACGAAUACACUCGACGAUCGGUCAAAUAGAGCUCUAGAUAGCUCGCCGCAAUGGGAUGGCGCUGUAGGCAAGGCCGGUCUAGGGAAGACGGGCCGAGUCAUUAAUAAACUAGUAUCGGACAACGAGGCAUUGAAGCGAGAUAUCCAAAUCGAGAGGUUAAAAGCCGAAGAGGCAAGACAAGCUGCAAGAUUAAUCGAGGAUAAGAUGGAGCGUAUGGUCGCAGACUACGAAACUCGGUUAUUGGAAGCCAACGUCACCAAAACACUGCUCAGUCGUAAAGAGCGUCAAGUAGAGCACCUGCAAUCAGCUGUUGAGUUAGAGAAAAAGCGAACGGCAGAUGCUCAAGAGCGCGAGCGCAUAUGGCGCGAAGAAGUGGAAAAGAGUCGUCGCGAUACCAAGGUACAGGUAGAGGAGGCUAACAUGCAUGCGGCGCUGAUGGACGGCCGAUACAACGCCAUUUCGUCACACUGGAAAGAUCAAGGUGGCGAAGUGAAGCGCGCAAUGGAAGGCCUCGAUGAUAAGAUCAAGUCAUUGGUCAAGGAACGCAAGACGGACGAUGAAAAAAUCAGCGUCCUCCGCGAUUUAUGUGACCAGCAAGAUGGGAACAUUCGAGAUCUCCAAAGACAAAAGGACGAAAUCGCCCGGCAGUUUGAGGCUUACAAACGUGAACAAGAGCAAGCGUUAAAGAGUAUCAAAACGAAGGCCCGCGAUAGGGAAGAUGAGCAGCAGAGAUCACUAGAAGAAGCGAAACGAGUACUUGGUCAACUCAAAUGGGCACUAAACGUGAAGCAAACCGUGAAGGAUGCCCAGUAAUACAUGACCAAGCCCGCCGCACUCCCUCAUCACCCAAACGAUCUGGACGUACCAUGGAUCUCACGGGCUUAUAUCUGUUCUUCAGGCCAAUUUUUCCUCUCUAUCAUGUUUAGUGGGAAUACCGGUUUUGAAAUUGCAAUACCCCUUCUCAUUUCCCAUUUUGAACUUGGUGUACCUUCGAG